UUUUUUUUUUCCUUUUCUUAGUUUUACGGCUAAGAAAGUUACCUAACCAUCACCAAAUUCAACGAAUUAAAAAAAAAGAAAGUCUUUCAAUUUCGAAAACUUUCGUAACUGCACUCCUCCGACUAUCUACACUUCGAGCAAUUAUCCGAUAUCAGGAAUCUACCAGGAUACAAUAUUCAACUACCACCAAUAUGCCCGCCCCCACAGCCCUGCUCAAGCAGGUUGACAACACCCCUUCGUCCAACACCCCACUUCCCGAGGUAGAUCAAGAUGAAGACUUUGCGUUAGAAGGCAUGAACGAUCUGCCCGAAGAUGCCAACGCAGUUCUCCAACCAGAAAGGAUGGCGACGGGAGAUCAUGAGAUGGAGAUAGACGAAGAAGACAAGCCGCACUUUGCCCCAGUACAAAACACCGACCCAGCAACCCACAUCCAGUCGCGCAAAGUGACGAUCCCCCCGAACCGCUUCACGCCGCUCAAGAGCGCGUGGCCCAAGAUCUACCCGCCCCUCGUCGAGCACCUGAAGCUGCAGGUGCGCAUGAACGUGAAGCACCGGCGCGUCGAGCUGCGCACCUCCAAGCACACCACCGACGCCGGCGCCCUGCAGAAGGGCGAGGACUUCGUGCGCGCCUUCGCCCUCGGCUUCGACGUCGACGACGCCAUCGCCCUCCUCCGCCUCGACGACCUCUACAUCGAGACCUUCGAGGUCAAGGACGUCAAGACCCUCACCGGCGACCACCUCGCCCGCGCCAUCGGCCGCAUCGCCGGCAAGGACGGCAAGACUAAGUUCGCCAUCGAGAAUGCCUCCCGUACCAGGGUCGUGCUCGCCGAUUCCAAGAUCCAUAUCCUCGGAGGUUUCAAGAAUAUCCAUAUCGCCCGCGAAUCCAUCGUGAGCCUAAUAUUGGGCAAGCCCCCCGGAAAAGUAUACAACAACCUGCGCACGGUGUCUUCACGAAUGAAGGAGAGGUUCUGAGAAUAUCAGGUCAUGCAUUUAUUUACAUUUUUUUUCCAUCUCAGAGGGCGGAGUUUCGGGAGUUAAAAGGGGGAGGGACAACCUGCACGAUUUUUUACUUCCAGUCAAUCAAUCAUCAGACAUGAAUUGAAAAAAAAGGUUGCUUGAUUGAUUAAUCAUUUUUUAUGAAGCCAUUCAUGAAGCAAAACCGUUGGGUAUCAUGAGCUUCAUUAUACAUCAUAUUGUCUUCUGCGAUAG